CCGUCAUUCAUUUUCUUUUCAUUCUCAAAUCUCUCCUCUCUUUCUCUCAUUCGCUGCGCUUCCUCAGUCUCUCGCUCCCCAAAAAUCAAACGCCGCGGCAAACAGGCGCUGAAAAAUGGAUGGGGGGAGUUCCGGCGCUGCUUCCGACGCUGCAAGUGAAGGCGAUGAUCCUGAUCCACUCCGCCUUGUCCGAUGACACGCGUACUGUGGUGGAUUCGGUGGAGUUGGAGCUCACCGACAUGGACCUCAAAUCCAUCUCCUCCAGGUCCUUGCCCGACCCGCAUACCCUCCGAAAGUUCUCUCACCUCCUCGGCCCCAAAGUCCUCCAGAACUUGCCAUUCAGCAGAUCCUUCCUUUCGUAAAGGAAUUGUCGACAGAUUCUUCCCAGCACGUUCGUUCUGCAUUGGCUUCAGUAAUAAUGGGAAUGGCACAAGUUUUAGGAAAGGAUGCAACUAUAGAGCAGCUGCUGCCUAUUUUUCUUUCUCUUCUAAAAGACGAGUUUCCUGAUGUUUCAAUAUCUCAUGUUUGAAGGUUCUGGUUUGAGUAUUGAUGUUUCAAUAUCUCAUGUUUAUCUCUUGGCUCAGAAAAGCAAAAGAACAAGAAAAGGAGUGAUGUUUAUGGGUUUUUGUUUCUUUUCCAUCAUCAUAUACAAUGAAUUUGCUGCCUAUGAUGGUUAAUCAAGUAAAAACAUAGGAUCCUUUUCUGUGGGUGGUUGACAGGUGGUGUGAUUUCAAAAUGUAUAAAUUGUAGUAUUCGGUGA